CUUGAUAGGAAGAACAAAAGCACCGCUCGUUCCCACAUCAGUUCGGACCACCCCUCCCUUCCCCCACCGCGAAUCGGAAGGAAAUUGCCCAACUUACCCCUCCAACGGGGACAACGACAACAACAACAAGACAACAAAACGCAAAUCGCAACAUGUCGCACCUCCAAUCCUCCGGCCGCGGCGGCGCCGGCAACAUCGUCGACAGCUCCAAAGCGCCGCAGCUGCAGCCCUCCGACCUGCAGACGCCGACUCUCAAGACCUCGAGGGUGACCACGGGCCGGGGCGGGACGGGCAAUUUCGCCGCGGGGCUGGACGCCGAGGAGAAGCGCCGCCGCCAGGACGUCGAGCCGUAUGUCUGAACAGCAUGCCCCUCCCCGAUUUUUUUUCUUCU